AUGUUGCCUGGAAACAAGGACCAGGUGCUGCCACAGAACUCAGUGCUCCCUAGGUGCCCCCCUCAGGACCUCUCACAACUUGUGGACUCCUCUCCUCACAACCUACAGCCUCUCUCUCCCCAUCAGUCCCUCCCUCCCUCUCACUCACCGUUCUGUUCCACUCAGUUCCAUCCCCCGUCCUCACCUCCACCAGCAUCCCCCUCUCCUGGCUUCCAAUUCGGCUCUUCUGCCUCAAACUCUGACUUAGCUCCACAUUCCUACUCUCUCUUUCUCCCAAGUUCCCCCACUCUCUUUCACCAGAAUCACCUCUCUCUCUCCUGUCCACGUUCAUCCUCUCCCUUGAACCACUGGCUGUACCCCUCUCCUCCUCAGAGCCCCUCCUUCUCUCCCUCCCAGCCCCAGAACCCCUCCCUUCCCCACUCACGGUGCCAGUCUCCUUCCCACCCCGAAGACCUGCCUAACUCCACACUCGCUUCCCCAAGCCCCAGCCUACCUUCUCAUAGGCUCCACUCUAACGGGCAGACAUGGCACUGGCGUCAGUCCAGGGACAACGGGUCCGGGUCCCCUGGGGUGGUAGAGAGAUGCGUGCCAAGCGAGAAGGAUCCUGCACAGUUCAGAGACCCAGGGGCCCUGGCCCAGGCCCUGGUGGUCCAUCUGGGGCACCGCCGCAUCGCACACGACCUGCGGCUACUGCUUUUGCAGCGCCUGUGGCUAGGCAGAGCUGGCCAGGCCCCAGUCGUGGAGUAUCCUGUAUGCCUGGUGUGCCUCCGGCCCCGCACCCCGUCCUGCCCCAUGCCCAAGUACAAGACUGGACCCCGGCUGCUUGCCUUUCCCCAACUACAGCCCUGUGUGCAGGGCCAGGAAUCUGGGUCACUCCAAAUAGGCAUCGGCUUCGGCCUCCGCCUACCUCGAGGCCAGGCCAGGGCCUUGCAUCUGCUGCCAGAAGAAAGGCUGAAGGAAGUAGGGCCUCAGGGCAAGGCUACUCAGGCCUGUGGGCAUCCAUCACGAACAUCUCGGCCUCCAGCAGCUCAGGCCUGGGCAGACCCAGCCCCAGGCACAUCCACCCAGACCAGGAGCUUCAAGUCUGCAGGCCCUCAACCACCGAACUCCCCACCAUGUUUCUCCGGGCCUCUACCUCGGGCACCAAAACAGGCCACUACCUCCCCGAAGCCCAGGCCUGGCCCUGCCCCAAAGAGGCCAGUUUCUCUGGAGCUCAUUCUCCAAAAGUCACGAGUCUAG